AAUCUACACCUUUUCACACCAUGACCUCCGAAAUAGAACAGACUGCUAAGAAGCAAAAGUUCGAUGCUUCCGAACAAUCCUUGAGAGUUUUGCUCAGAUCAGAAAACGCAACUUUGCCUACCAAGGGUUCUGCCUUGGCUGCUGGCUACGAUAUCUAUGCUUCUGAAAAUGGAUUGGUUCCAGCUCACGGACAGGGAAUGAUUGGUACCGAUAUCACAGUUUGCGUUCCAUACGGUACUUAUGGACGUGUUGCCCCAAGAUCCGGUUUGGCUGCCAAACACGGCAUCAGCACUGGUGCUGGUGUUGUCGAUGCCGACUACAGAGGAGAACUCAAAGUGAUUCUUUUUAACCAUUCCGAAAAGGACUUUGCCGUUGAAAAGGGUGACCGUAUUGCCCAGUUGGUGUUGGAAAAGAUUGUCAAUGCUGAAAUCAAACAGAUUCUGCUUGAAGAAUUGGAUGACACCAUCAGAGGCGAAGGUGGCUUUGGCUCUACUGGUAAGAAAUAGACUAAUACAUGAUACACGAGAGAAAAUACAAAAAUCACUGUAGGGAUGUGCAAAUAAAAGAAGUUAAAAGAAUAGACAGUAGCUAUUACUUCUACUACAACUACUAUAGUGUUGACAUAAAUAUACAUGAAAAUUUAUAU